CCCCACCCAAAACAGACACCACUCAGACUACUUGGGCGACGGUGUGCAAUGGAGGACCUCUGCUGACGACUGUACGGAUUAAAGUUCAUCAGAUAUUUGUGAUUUGAGAUCAAGAACCAAGGAUAAAGGACCAUGACGGCAGCAUUCCUGGUGACUCUGUGUUGUGUUCUGUGGUCGAAUGCAGCAGUGUACAGCCAAACCCUAUCAACGACGGGCAUCAUUCAAGCAUCUCCCACUGUUGCUGUCAGUCUGUCAGAAAACAUCAUUCCUACUCAGUCACUCCAGGGUUCUGUUUCACCAAUAUAUGUAUCUGUAUCACCUACCAGUACUGCAGCAAUACAGGGUGCAAUGGCAUCCUCCCAGGCAGUACAACAGUCUGAAGCUCUUGCCAGUACCGGAACUGCCGCCCAAGCCACAGUAGUCCCUAGUCAGUCACUUCAAUUGUCGGCAGCACCACCAACAAUUGCCCCGAGCCAGUCAUUUCAAAUGUCUGUAGCUCCACCAGGAACAGUUGUCCCUAGUCAGUCACUUCAGGUGUCUGUAGCUCCUCUUGGAACUGUUGCACUAAGUCAGUCACUUCAAAUGUCGGCACCACCACCAACAGUUGUCCCUACUCAGUCACUACAAAUGUCUGUAGCUCCUCCAGCAACAGUUGCCCCUAGACAGUCGCUUCAAAUGUCGGCACCACCAGCAACAGUUGCCCCUAGUCAAUCACUUCAAAUGUCUGUAGCUCCUCCAGGAACAGUUGCCCCUAGUCAGUCUCUUCAAAUGUCGGCAGCACCACCAACAAUUGCCCCUAGCCAGUCACUUCAAAUGUCUGUAGCUCCACCAGCAACAGUUGCUCCUAGUCAGUCACUUCAAAUGUCUGUAGCUCCUCCUGGAGCAGUUGCACCAAGCCAGUCGCUUCAAAUGUCUGCACCACCACCAGCAGCUGUCCCUAGUCAGUCACUUCAAAUCUCUGCACCACCACCAACAGUUGUUCCUAUCCAGUCGCUUGAAAUGUCGGCAGCACCACGAACAGUUGCCCAAAGCCAGUCACUUCAAUUGUCUGCACCACCACCAACAGUUGUUGCCCCUAGUCAGUCACGUCAAAUAUCGGCAGCACCACCAACAGUUGUCCCUAGUCAGUCACUUCAAAUGUCGGCAGCACCACCAACAGUUGCCCCAAGCCAGUCGCUUCAAAUGUCUGCACCACCACCAACAGUUGUCCCUAGUCAGUCACGUCAAAUGUCUGUAGCUCCUCCAGGAACAGUUGCCCCUAGUCAGUCGCUUCAAAUGUCUGCAUCACCACCAACAGCUGCCCCUAGUCAGUCACUUCAAAUAUCUGUAGCUCCACCACCAACAGUUGCCCCAAGCCAGUCGCUUCAAAUGUCUGCACCACCACCAACAGUUGUCCCUAGUCAGUCACGUCAAAUGUCUGUAGCUCCUCCAGGAACAGUUGCCCCUAGUCAGUCGCUUCAAAUGUCUGCACCACCACCAACAGUUGUCCCUAGUCGGUCACGUCAAAUGUCUGUAGCUCCUCCAGGAACAGUUGCCCCUAGUCAGUCGCUUCAAAUGUCGGCACCACCACCAACAGCUGCCCCUAGUCAGUCACUUCAAAUAUCUGUAGCUCCACCACCAACAGUUGUUGCCCCUAGUCGGUCGCUUCAAAUGUCGGCACCACCACCAACAGUUGUCCCUACUCAGUCACUACAAAUGUCUGUAGCUCCUCCAGGAACAGUUGCCCCUAGACAGUCGCUUCAAAUGUUGGCACCACCACCAACAGUUGCUCCUAGUCAGUCACUUCAAAUGUCUGUAGCUCCUCCAGGAACAGUUGCCCCUAGUCAGUCUCUUCAAAUGUCGGCAGCACCACCAACAAUUGCCCCUAGUCAGUCACUUCAAAUGUCUGUAGCUCCACCAACAACAGUUGCUCCUAGUCAGUCACUUCAAAUGUCUGUAGCUCCUCCAGGAGCAGUUGCACCAAGCCAGUCGCUUCAAAUGUCUGCACCACCACCAACAGUUGUUGCCCCUAGUCAGUCACGUCAAAUGUCUGUAGCUCCUCCAGGAACAGUUGCCCCCAGUCAGUCGCUUCAAAUGUCGGCACCACCACCAACAGCUGCCCCUAGUCAGUCACUUCAAAUAUCUGUAGCUCCACCACCAAUAGUUGUUGCCCCUAGUCAGUCGCUUCAAAUGUCGGCACCACCACCAACAGUUGCCCCUAGUCAAUCACUUCAAAUGUCUGUAGCUCCUUUAGGAACAGUUGCCCCUAGUCAGUCACUUCAAAUGCCUGUAGCUGCUCCAGGAUCUGUUGCCCCAAGUCAGUCACGUCAAAUGUCUGUAGCUCCACCAGCAACAGCUGCCCCUAGUCAGUCACUUCAAAUAUCUGUAGCUCCACCAGCAACAGUUGCUCCUAGUCAGUCACCUCAAAUGUCUGUAGCUCCACUAGCAACAGUUGCCCCUAGUCAAUCACUUCAAAUGUCUGUAGCUCCUCCAGGAACAGUUGCCCCAAGUCAGUCACUUCAAAUGUCGGCAGCACCACAAACAGUUGUCCCUAGUCAGUCACUUCAAAUGUCUGUAGCUCCACUAGCAACGGUUGCUCCUAAUCAGUCACUUCAAAUGUCUGUAGCUCCUCCUGGAACAGUUGCACCAAGCCAGUCGCUUCAAAUGUCUGCACCACCACCAACAGUUGUCCCUAGUCAGUCACUUCAAAUGUCUGCACCACCACCAACAGUUGCCCCUAGUCAAUCACUUCAAAUGUCUGUAGCUCCACCAUCAAUAGUUGUUGCCCCUAGUCAGUCACUUCAAAUGUCUGUAGCUCCACUAGCAACGGUUGCCCCUAGUCAGUCACUUCAAAUGUCUGUAGCACCACCAGCCACAGUUGUCCCUAGUCAGUCACUUCAAAUGUCUGCACCUCCACCAACAGUUGCCCCUAGUCAAUCACUUCAAAUGUCUGUAGCUCCUUUGGGAACAGUUGCCCCUAGUCAGUCACUUCAAAUGCCUGUAGCUGCUCCAGGAUCUGUUGCCCCUAGUCAGUCACUUCAAAUGUCUGCACCUCCACCAACAGUUGCCCCUAGUCAAUCACUUCAAAUGUCUGUAGCUCCUUUGGGAACAGUUGCCCCUAGUCAGUCACUUCAAAUGCCUGUAGCUGCUCCAGGAUCUGUUGCCCCAAGUCAGUCACUUCAAAUGUCUGUGGCUCCACCAGCAACAAUUGCCCCUAGUCAGUCACUUCAAAUAUCUGAAGCUCCACCAGCAACAGUCGCUCCUAGUCAGUCACCUCAAAUGUCUGUAGCUCCACCAGCAACAGUUGCACCUUCUCUGCCGUCACAAACUGUUGCAGCACCUAUCAUAAGUGCCAGUGUUGCUGUUGUUUCCACCACAAUCCUACAAGAUUCUAUGGCACCAGUCAGCACAGCAGGUGUAGCAGUUAUCAUUUCACCAACCCAGUCACUGCAAACUUCUCCAACUGAGUCUAUGAUAGCAACACCCUCAGCUACUGCAGCCAUAACCGUCCAGCCAAGUGAAACUGUGACACCCCCAGUCACGACAUCUGCUGUGACUACAGCUGUGGUGACCCCUGCAUCAGUCUCCACUGAUAUCGAGUUGACGGCAUUCACUGUUGUUGAAAACAAGCCACCCAUGUUUUACCCAAAUAACAGUGUUAGCAUGGCAUUCGGCAUUACCCUUCGCAAUGGUGGGACAAGUGAUGUGCAGUCAAACCCGUCUGGCAACUUUGAGUUUGUUGUUUUCCUGGCCAACUCUUCUCAACCAGCUCAAACUCCUGCACCAGGACAGCUCAGUGUCAGGAUCACUUCCGCUGUGGAUGGAACAACAGGUGUGGCUCAGGGGGAUGUCACUGCUCUUGCCGCUGAAACCACCCUGAACACUCUAACUACAAGCAACUGUGCGGAAAUGACUCACGUCUGCCUUCGGAUGUUGGUGACUGGCAACUUCACAGACACUGAUGCUGCAAACAAUGAUCAAUGUCUGGCAUUUGGAAGUGGAAGCGGACAAGUUGGAGCUAAAGACUGCACAAAAUUGGUGGGCUCUUGCUCGGUAACCUGCCACACAAAAGCGUCCUGUCUGCUGCAGUCAGGGACAGGAGUGGGCGUGUGCACCUGCCAGUCUGGCUAUACAGGGGAUGGGGCCAGCUGUACUGAUAUCAAUGAGUGUACCAGUAACACUGCCAACUGUGCAGCGGACCGGGUGUGUCGUAACACGGAGGGUUCCUUCUCGUGUGACUGUAAGCCAGGAUUUACAGAGAAAGAUGGAACAUGUGAAGAGACCCAGGCCUACUCAGCCACUGUCCGCAUCACCAAUGAGGUUUUCGACUCUUCCCUAAAUGACCCCACCUCUACUCGCUUCAUGAAUCUCAAAGUCCAAGUCACCACAGUUUUUGUAGUCCUGUACACGAAGGCUCUUGGAUCAGACUUUGUGAGCGUCACAGUCACAAGCUUCACAAAUGGAAGUGUGAUUGCCAAUCAUGUUGUUAACACCAACAAGUCUUCCAAUGCGACGGCCAGCAGUAUUGGCAGCUCCCUGCAGAACGCCAUCAGCAGCAGCUCCAACCUGCCCUUCACUGUGGGCGGGGUGCAGGUGAAUGAUUUGGAUGAGUGUGCCUCAACAACCACCAACGACUGCUCGCAGUAUGCCAACUGUACCAACACCCCGGGGUCUUUCACUUGUGCGUGCCGCCAAGGUUUUCAAGACAGACAGCCUGCCAACCCAGGAAGGGCUUGCGGAGCUGAGUGUCCAGCAGACUACUGUAAAAACGGAGGGACAUGUAAACCUGUGGCAGGAGGGCUGUCAUGCACAUGUCCCAGUGGGUACAGUGGAGCACGUUGUGAGGAUGACGGUUCACGAUACCGUCUAACACUGGGUCUGGGAAUCUUUGCUGGUGUGCUUGGUGCGGUGCUGCUACUGGCAUGCAUGAUCUCUGCCCAUCUCUCAAACAAGAAGAAGAAGUCUAAAGAGUUAUGGGUGCACCCAACAAAAGUGCCGACCAAGAAAAGCUCAGAGCACGAAAGUUUGCCAACAUUCAACCCUAUCUAUGACGAGAGUUAUGUGUACAGCAACAAGGCAUUUCAGCUGGAGGAUUCUGCCAUGCCACGCCCCCCAGCCACGCUGCCAAGAUACGCACUCACGGCACCAAGGUUCAAGGGAGAUGUGCCAUUGUAUGAUGGUGGAUUCUCCUCCAGCACUAAAGAUGCGCCUGGCCGUGCUGGUGUUUACGAAGUACCGCCUGAACAGGACUACAACUCUGAUGAUGCAGAGUACGCUGCAAUUAACCCAGCCUAUGCCUUACCUACUGGGACCAUGAUGCCCACCAGUGACUCCUUCAGCCAGCCUGCUGCAUACGCUGAAUUUGAUCCCCUGGCCGCCAUCAUGCCAAACAGAGCUGCUACAGUCACGUCAAGCAAGGACGGAAAGGUCCAGACGGCCAAAUUGUCAUUCAAGUGAACACUUAAUACCAAGGGCACAAGCCAUCACAUGCAGUGACAGGACACAAAGAUAUUGCAGCAAACUGUAACAAUUUACUAGAGUCUAUACAAAUUAUGGUAUGUUGUAAAGGUAAAGGAGUACUACAUAGAGACCAUCUAGUACCAACUAGGUUUGUUUUAAAAACCUGGAAUACACAUUUAUCCAUCUUAACAGGUACUACGUGUAAUAGUACUGAAAUUCUAGCAAUCCUAUACUACACAAGGUUAAUCUUAACAUUAAAAGUGAGUUUUCCAUAAACCGUCUACCUCAUGAUGUAUUAACUGUUUAACUGGGCUCAUGCUCCUGGUUAAAUUGACAGCCUACCAUAACUGCCAGUUGAUGAUUAUGAAACUUUAAUAUGAAAACUCCAUCUAGCAUAACAGUAGCUGAGUCUACUACUUACUAUGUGGGAUUUGCUAUUAAAGAAACAACAUUUGUAUUAACAGUUCAGGUAUCCAAUUUGUAUCAUAAUUUUUAGCAGAUUUAUAAAUGUCUAAAACUUUUGUGUUCUCAAUAACAAAAAUGUUUGUUUGGAGUAAGCUGAACUCCAAGCAUAGCAUGUUGACGACUUUGAUUUGAUAUGGUAAGAUAAAUGGAAUGUGACUACUUGAUAACAUGACUAACAAUGUUACUGUGAUGUGUUAAUAAGGCCAAAUAUAUGAAUAAGGUCAGAUGUACAUGUAUAUGGUUAAGUAAAUGUAAAGUUGAUUGUUCCUAAUGAUGUUUAUAAGUCCUGCUGAGUUGAGGUUUAAGGUAUUGAUGGUAAUGGUAUUUGAUGUAAUCCUAUUAUAACGCCGUGCCCACCAACUAGUAAUGCCAGUCACAGGCAACAAUAGUCCACUUAUUGACAUUCACAUAGAACUAUUGUACUCUACUGACCCUGUGCUACUGACUUAAACUUAACUACUAGUUGUAUUUUGUAACCUUUUCUAAAUAAAGAUUUCAUCUACCUCUGA